AUGAAGUCGGAAGGAGGGAUGUCUCAAGCCUUCCAGGUGUUACUGAUUGGUGGUGCACGAGAGGUGCGACUUGCGACCAUGUUGCUAGAGCUGAUUCACUUCAAGCAUCAGAUCGAGAUGCAGAGGUUCCAUGAACAUCGGGACCAGCUCACUGAACGCUUGGACAGGGCCAAGCAGUGGCAUUCGGCACAGAACCAAGAGGUUUUUCACGUGGAUCAGUCCCUGGUCGGCCGAAUCAUUGGAAAGAAGGGCGAAAAUGUCAAGGAGAUCCGCGAAAAACACAGCGUGCAAAUUUGGAUCGAAGAUCCUCCCAAGAACAGCACCAACUGCAGGGUCACGGUCUCUGGACCAACUGAGAAGGCAGUGAAGGCUGCGCGGGAUGAGCUGGAAUUCAUCACUGUCACCAUUCCGGUGGAGAGUGAGCACGUUGGCUGGAUCCUGGGGAAGGGCUACCAGACCAUCACGGACAUUGCGCGGAAGACCGAGCUUCAUCAUGCGAGGUAUGACGACAAGGCCAGGGCUUUGGAACUUUGUGGCUUGAGACACCAGGUCGAGGAUGCCAAAUUGCUGAUCAGUGUGCACCAAGAGUACCUCCCAGUCUAUCAAGACAUGGACGAGGAGCAGACCUCCAUCCAGAAGUCCUUCGAUGAAUUAGAUGGUGUUGCCAAUUCCAAAGGCAAAGGAAAAAAAGGUGGCAAAAGUGACGCCAAGGGCGACUCCAAAGGAGACGGUGAGGGAAAGAUCGGAAGGAAGGAUGCCGAUUCCAAAGGAAAGGAGGGCAAAGGGGCCAAAGGUGAAGACGCAUCUGAAUGGUAUGGCCGCAAAGGAAAAGAUGGGAAGGACUCGAAGGGUGGCAAGGACUACGGAAAAGGAGACAGGGAUGCAGGAAAAGGUGCUGGAAAGGACGGAGGCGGAAAGGAUCGAGGAAAGGAUGGCAAAGAUGGUGGAAAAGAUGGUGGAAAAGAUGGUGGAAAAGAUAGUGGAAAAGAUGGAAAGGAUGGAUCGAAAGGAUCCAAAGGGAAAGAAGGGAAGGAAGGAAAGGACGGGGGGAAGGAGUCAACUUGGAAACUCAAAGACGGUAGUGGAGGAAAGGACUGGGGUGGAAAGGAAGGUAAAGAUGGAAAAGGAAAGACGGAAGGGAAAGAAGGGAAAGGAGAUGGAAAAGAGCCCAAGGGCAAAGGCAGAGAAAAAGGAGAUGAGAAAGGAGAAGGCAAAGGCAAGAGAAAGGAUGAUGGAAGCUAUGAAGAUGGGAAAGGAGAAGGAAAAGGCAAAAGCAAGGGUCGCAAGGGUCGCAUUGGACAGGGAGACUGA